CCGAAAGUAGCUGACACGGUACUUCCGCCGUGGGAAAUGGCAAGACGUUUGAAGUCACCAGGUAAUUGGGCAGCCAUGAAGGUGGAGCUUGUGACAGGUAGCAUCGCUGACCAGCAGGUCGAUGUCCUGGUAAACACUACAACAAAGGACCUUAACCUGUCAUCAGGGCCAGUGUCGAAAGCGAUCCUCAGCAGGGCGGGGCAAGACAUCCAGCAGCAGUGUCAGCAUAACUGCCCCCAGGGAAUUGGCUUCGGGGAGAUCUGUGAGACGGAUGGGGGCAGUCUCACCUGCAAGCAGAUCUACCACACCUGUCUGCCUAAUUGGGGUGCUGAUGCUGAGCAGGUGCUGCGGAAUCUCAUUAAGAUGUGUCUCACAGAGGCAGAUAGUUGUGACUAUGCCAGUAUAGCUUUCCCUGCUGUUGGAACAGGUGUGCUGAAGUACCCCCCACAGACUGUCGCCAAGGCAUUCUUUGAGACAAUUCUUGACUUUGUCAAUAACACGUCAAAUAUUAGCCUGACCCUAGUCCGAGUUGUCAUUCACCCCUCCAAUGAUACAGUGAUACAGGUGAGUCAGCCCUACUCUGGAAGUAGAAGCUGGAAGGGACAGCGUGUGGUGGUUUCCCAAAUAACAGGGGACACUGAAAAACAAACAACUGAUGUGAUCGUCAACACAACCAACUCAGGUCUGAAUCUGGCAGAAGGGGUAGUGUCCAAGGUCAUGCUGAAAGCAGCUGGUGAUGACCUUCAGGAUGAAUGUAAAACAAAGUAUCCCUCAGGGGUCAAGGCCGGUGAAGUAGCAGUGACAGGGGGAGGUAAUUUGUCCUGCAAGCAGGUGUAUCAUAUCACGCUGACAGAUGACUGGAGUAGUGAUCAGCCAGGGACUGAAAAGCUGCUGAGGGGCACUAUAUUAAAGUGCCUGAAGACGGCCGACGACGCCGGACUCACCAGUCUCAGUUUCCCGGCCCUUGGAACAGGAGGGCUGAAGUAUGACCCAGCGCGUGUGGCCGAGCUGAUGUACAGCGUCUGCCUCAGCUUCAGGUCCAAAGGACUGAAUAAGGUCAUCCUCGUGAUACAUGCUAGCUCCCCUGGAGUCAAGCAGGCUUUCGAUAACGAGUUGGCCAAACGAAAAAAUGCCAAGUCAGCCAGAUCAUCCAAAGUGACCCCUUCACUAGCCAAGACAAUAGGGCAAGUAUCGUCUGUGAAGAUCACCCUAGUGAAAGGCAACAUUGUUGAUCAAAAGGUAGAUGUGCUUGUGAACUCCUGCACUCCAAAGUUGAAGCUGUCCAGUGGCCCACUGACGAAGGCUGUAUUGAAGGCAGCAGGGGAGACAAUCCAGGAUGAGUGCAGACAGAAGUACCCCAAUGGAAUCAAGCCAGGAGAGGUUGCCGUGACGAGUGGAGGCAGGAUGACCUGUAAGCAGAUUUUUCACAUCACACUGACCGAUUGGAAACCAGAUGAUGCAGACGUGGAAAAGGCAUUCAGGAAUGUGAUCCACUUAUGUCUGAAGACAGCAUGUCAGGGAAUCCACUCAAGUAUUGCCAUUCCGAUGCUUGGCACUGGAGUUUUGAAAUAUCCUCCAGCAUCUGUCACAAAAUGGAUAUUUGAGGCUAUACGUAACUUUGGUGCCCGUAAUCCAGCAUGUUCAUUGGCUGAAACCAGGAUUGUUGUCAGUCCUACAGAUCUGCAAAAUAUACAGGCACUGGUGGGAGCCAGCAGUGCUGUCUCUCAGCCUGCUAGAGCCACACCCUCAAUGACAGAGAACCUGCUGCCCCCUCCUGAGUGGACUCCCAUGGCACCAGACAGCUACUUCGAGGUGAUCCCGGUCAUGCCGGGAAGCCAGGAAUAUCACGAUGUGGCGACUCACUUCGGUCAGUCGAUGGGACCACAUACCAUCGUGUCUAUUGAGCGGAUACAGAACCAACACAAACACAUACAAUACAUGGCGGAGAAACAGGCGAAGGAAGCAAAGAGACCUGGUCGGCAGAGUGAAAGGAUGUUGUGGCACGGCACCAGUGAGGAUGCCACCAUCAGCAUCAACAUUAAUGGAUUCGACCGCAGCUACUGCGGCAAGAAUGCCGUGAUGUAUGGUGAGGGCGUAUACUUCGCUCGCAACUCGAGUUACUCGGCCCAAGGCACGUACUCAAAGAAGGAUAAGCAGGGACACAAGCGGAUGUACCAGGCUCGAGUGCUCACUGGGGAUUUUACUGCGGGGAAGUCAGGGAUGAAGCACCCUCCCCCUAGGGAUCCCAAAACACCUCAUGAUACGUUCGACUGUGUGGUCGACAAUGUCAGCAAACCAGAUAUAUUUGUGAUUUUCAGUGAUGUACAAGCAUACCCAGCAUACCUGGUCACGUUUACUGACUGAGGUGGAAUUAUCGUAGGCAUGUGUCAUAUCUUCCUACGAACCACUGUUCUAAUACGGCCAUAUUUCCCGGUUCUCGUAAAAUCCCCUAGCGGCAAA